AUGUCUUUCACUGGCCUCACCUCCACGGCUCUCCCGACCAAGGCGGAGCAAACCUUCGCGGGCCGCGUCCAGCGCCAAACCGCCACCAAGGCGACGGGCUCCAAGACGGUUGCCGCCAUGAAGGGCAAGACCAUCAAGGUCGCCAUCAACGGCUUCGGCCGCAUUGGCCGCAACUUCUUGCGAUGCUGGCACGGUCGCGCCAACACGAUGCUCGAUAUCGUGGCGAUCAACGACUCUGGCGGAGUCAAGCAAGCCUCCCACUUGGUCAAGUACGACUCCGUCCUCGGCACCUUCGAGGCUGACGUGAAGAUUGUCGACGACACGCACAUCUCCAUCGACGGCAAGAAGAUCGAGAUUGUGUCCUCCCGUGACCCGCUCCAACUCCCGUGGAAGGCUCUCGGCGUCGACCUCGUCAUCGAAGGUACCGGUGUCUUCAUCGACACCCCGGGCGCGAGCAAGCACAUCACCGCCGGCGCCUCCAAGGUUCUGAUCACCGCUCCGGCCAAGGGCGACGACAUCCCGACCUACGUGCUCGGUGUCAACGCUGACGGUUACAAGCACAGCGAUAAGAUCAUCUCCAACGCCUCGUGCACGACCAACGGCCUCGCGCCGUUUGUGAAGGUGAUUGACGAGAAGUUUGGCCUCGUCAAGGGCUUGAUGACCACCACCCACUCCUACACUGGUGACCAGCGCAUCCUCGAUGCGUCCCACCGUGACUUGCGCCGUGCUCGCGCCGCGUGCUUGAACAUCGUGCCGACCUCCACCGGUGCCGCCAAGGCUGUCGCGCUCGUGUUGCCGCAACUCAAGGGCAAGCUCAACGGUAUCGCGCUCCGCGUGCCGACGCCGAACGUGUCCGUUGUCGAUCUCGUCGUGCAAACUUCCAAGAAGUGCACCGCCGACGAAGUCAACGCCGCGUUCCGUGAAGCCGCCAACGGCCCGCUCAAGGGCAUCCUCGCCGUCGCUGACGAGCCGCUCGUGUCCUGCGACUUCCGUUGCACCGACGUCUCGUGCACCAUCGACGCUGCGCUCACGAUGGUCAUGGGUGACGACAUGUUGAAGGUUGUCUCGUGGUAUGACAACGAGUGGGGCUACAGCCAACGAGUUGUGGACUUGGCGGAGCUCUGCGCGGCGAACUGGGAAUAA